CGGGCGGAGCGGGGCGGCGGCGCGGAGCCCCGGCGGCCGUGAGGGCCGUGGUGGGGCGGCAGGCCGGGGCCGGGCGGGUGGGAGCCCGCGGCGAGGGCAGCCCGCGGCCGGACAAAGCAUGGUGGAUGCGGAGGCGGCGGCAGCAAGAACCCCGGCGGAGCCCCGCGGCAGCCUGGCAAGCUCCGUUCUGGCGUCAGGCUCCGGUGCUGUCACCGCGGGCGGGGGCGGCAGAUGACACCGGGCUGAGCGGGGCUCGCUUGGGAUGCAGAGCCUGCCCUGGCGCUCCGUGACCCAGCCGUAAUGCCUGAUAAAGCACCGGAGGAGCUGAAUGAGAGCUGAAUUGUUACGAAAUGCGUGGAAGAAACGAAACGGAGAAUCGGCUUUUCUCGUUCGGCAGAUUUAAUUUAUAUGAGAAAUGAGUGUUGGACGCAGAAGAUUAAAGCUGCUGGGAAUUCUGAUGAUGGUAAACAUUUUUAUUUAUGUGAUUGUGGAAGUCUCAAAGAGCGGCAGCCAAGACAAGAAUGCAAAAGGCCGUGUUGUUAUACCACGUAGCAACUUCUGGAGGAAAUACACUCCUCAGAAAGCUUAUUGGAACAAACAGCAACAGAAGCUUGAGCUGCUGUACAACCCAAUUCUGUCCUUGCUGUCCAAUAUGACUGUGGAGGAGAACUUAGUUUCUAACCUCAGUGCUCUCAGUUCUUGUGACCCUGACCCCUUGGUGCACUCAGAGGUUAGUGACUUUGCAAACUUGCCAGACAGAUUCAAAGACUUCCUCCUCUAUUUGAGGUGUAGAAAUUACUCAUUGCUAAUAGAUCAGCCAAACAAGUGUGAACAGAAACCUUUCCUGCUGCUGGCUAUUAAGUCACUUAUACCCCAUUUUGAUAGAAGACAAGCAAUUAGGGAAUCCUGGGGCAAGGAAAUAGAAUCAGGGGAUGUGAUAGUCAGAAGGGUCUUCUUGCUUGGGCAGACCCCACCAGAGGAUAAUUUUCCUGACCUUUCACACAUGAUUAAAUUUGAGAGUGACACCCACCGAGACAUUCUCCUCUGGAACUACAGAGACACUUUCUUCAAUCUGACUCUGAAAGAGGUGCUGUUUCUGAAGUGGGUCAGCAGCAGCUGCGCAAACGUCCAGUUUAUUUUUAAGGGUGAUGAUGAUGUUUUUGUGAAUACCAAUCAGAUCCUGGAUUACUUGAAGAGUUUAUCAAAGGAAAAAGCCAAAGACUUAUUUAUAGGUGACGUGAUCAAAGAUGCUGGACCUCACAGAGAGAAAAAAUUGAAGUACUACAUCCCAGAAAGCGUUUAUGAAGGUUCGUAUCCCCCGUACGCAGGAGGCGGUGGGUUCCUGUACUCUGGUGAUCUGGCACUAAGACUGAAUAAUGCAUCUGACCAGGUACUCCUCUACCCUAUUGAUGAUGUUUAUACUGGAAUGUGCCUUCAGAAGCUUGGGCUGGCUCCAGAAAAACACAAAGGCUUCAAAACAUUUGAUAUCGAAGAGAAAUACAGAAAUAACAUCUGUUCCUACACAAACUUAAUGUUAGUGCACAGUAGAAAACCUCAAGAAAUGAUUAAGAUUUGGACACGCUUGCAAGAUCCACACUUAAAUUGUUAAAGUAAUGUGCAUAAGUGUCUUAAGUCCAAAGAACUUUGCAAGUUUGGAUCACUGAAGCUCUGUCUAAUAGCUGAAUUUUCGCUGUAAACUUUUUCCUGUACUUCUGAAAAUGAGAGUUAAUACUAAAAUUUGGAGGGAUGGCUUGAAGACUCGGUCCUGACUUUUCCACUGUUGUGGUGGUCGUUAUGUUUCAAUAUUGGUCUUAAUUUUAAAAAAGACUUUGAGGCUAUAACUAGCUGUCAGUGACUGGUUAGCUGUACUGGAAACAGGGAUUGCCUACCACAAUGCAUCUUGCAUUAAUUGUGAUGGUGGAAGAUAAUUUUCCCUUGAGUAGUGUUUGUGUGUGGAAACCACUGCAAAUUGAAAAUACACAAAUAGGGGGAAUGUCAUUUUACUUUUAGAUAUGAUAGGCUUAUGAGACUUGAAAAAAAAUUUUUUUUUUAAAUUUUAUUUAUGUUUUUCAGUUCUUUUGCACCCUGGAAUGGUUUUUUUUCCCUUUACUUACGAUCCUUUGUGCAAAGUGUACCUGUGUCUGAAGGAUUUAACCUUUUAUUAGAUGAAGUUUUUUUUGGUUGGUUUUUUUUGGUUUUGUUUUGGGUUUUUUUUUUUUGGU